AUGUCUGAGCCAAGCACAACCGAGACCGUGGUUCCCGCUGACGAGGUGUACGCCACAGCGACGGAGCUGUUUAAUAAAAAAGAUAAUUUAAAUCUCGAAAAAGUGUUCAGCAAGUAUCUUAAAUCAUCAUACGACUACCGACUCUGGAGACUCUACCUGUCGUACACGAGGAGACUUGAUCUGAAGAGCGAGCAGGUGCUGGACGUGUUCUACUUCGUGCUGAACCACUUUGAGCACGGAUACGACAACUACGAGUUCAUCACGGAGGCCGUCGACGAGCUUGAGAAGGGCGACCUGGCUGAAAGCAGCAAGAACGAGAAAAUCAGGCGAAUUUACCAGCAAUUUCUCCGAAUUCCAAUGGCGAGGCUGUCGCAGCUCUGGGCGAGCUACGAGGCGUGGGAGAUAUCGGUGAACAGGAUGAGCGCAAAGAGCAUCCUGGAGCAGCACCAGCCGUUCUACCUGAACGCGCUGAGCGUCUACCAGAAAAUGGCGACUGGAAUCCAAAAGGACGCCUAUUUCGGCGUCCUGGACGUUGAGGUGGAGAACCUGCUGAAGCUGCCGAAGAAGGAGCACAGAAGCCGCCUUCUUGCGGUCUUCUCGUACUUCGAGGGGCGAGUCGCAAGCACAGAGGCCCUCGAGGUGCUCAAGACCAUCUACGUCGAAGACUGCUACGACCCAGUCGGAGACGCAGGGCGCCUGAGGCGCCUUGCUUCCUCCUCCGUCCUCCUCUCCUACUGGUUCUCCUUCAACUACAAGGCCGACUUCUUCAAUUUGAAGGAGAAGGCCCAUUUCGCCCUGACAGCAGUCAACUUCCUCAACUACCAAAUUCAGUUCCAGGGGCUGGCCACCUUCAGGGCCGAAUUCGAUCGAAUUUGCGCCACGUUCCCAGAGGCAGUGACGCCGCAUCUCCACAUCUUCGCAGCAGAGACAGAGCAUCCAAUCGAGAGCAGGAGGGCGUAUGAGAUCAUGGUGAAGGCGCACGAGAAGUUUGGAGACAACAGCUUGCUGAACGAGAAGUUUCUGGAGCUGCUUAUUCGAAACAAUGACGCAGACAACCUGACUGUCUUCUUCAGGAAGCUGGCGAAGACAGAGAAGAUGUACGACAUGAUGCUGGACUACGAGUUCAGGCGAGGAUCGUUCGUGAGGUACAAGGAGCUGCUAUUGAGGAAGCAGGAGGCAUUGAAGAACAGGGAGAUGCUGGAGAGAAACGAGGGCGGAAGAGCAGGAAGCAGGGCAGCAGGGACACAGGGGGUUGUGAGCAGCUGCAUGGGGUCAUUCGAGUAUCUCGAUCUGACAUUUAAGGGCCAGAUUGACAUCAGGAGGAUUCUCAAGAAGUUGCCGAAAGUGCCUGAGGAAGAGAAUUUGUUCGUAGAUGUAAGCAUAAACAAACUAAUUGAACUAAUUCAAAAGGUGAAUUGA